AUGGGCGUGUUUGCGACCAGCGACACAAAGGCGGUGACAAGGCGAUUCAUAGUGGAAAGGGAGAGGGAAAAAUCGACGUCCAAGCGGCUGUCUCGCCAGAAGUUCAGGACCAGCCCGAAAGAAGGCAUUCGGCUGCCCAAAACGUCAGCCGCCAUUGGCCACCUCAAAUUCCGGGACCCCACUCCUCGUGUGAGUAGACACGAGAAGGAAAGAAGAAGAAAAAAUGUACCAAAAGAGGGACCAUUGACAAUUUGCACGAUUUGGGCCUCUCAGGUGCUGCGCAACAGAGAGAGGGAGGCUGGCUUGAACUGA